AAAAAGACGGAAGUUGAGAAGUCAUGUGAUUCUGUGGGCAACAAAACCUGAAGUAGUGCUGCAGUCCAUCUGAGUGAAGCCCUUCUCCAUUAUAGUACAUUCACCACAAUGGGAGUCCAUGGCCUGACAAGUUAUGUAGAAGGAAACCGACAGUUCUUCACUGAUCUAAAGCUGAGAAACACCCAUCUUGUGAUUGACGGCUGCAGCCUGUAUUUUCGUCUGUACUUUACCACUGGCUUGGACCAGAUAAGGGGAGGAGACUACGAUGCAUUUGCUAAAGUGGUGCAGCGUUUUUUUGCCGCACUGUCUUCAUGCGACGUGAGUCCAUUCGUGGUUUUAGAUGGUGGAAUGGAUGAGACAGAUAAGAAGUUCAAAACUCUGCAGGAGCGAGCUCAGAGUAAAAUACAUGAAGCCCAUUCUCUGUCCCGAGGGUUCCAUGGCAGCGUUCUGCCCCUGCUUACACGUGAAGUCUUCAGACAGGUCCUCUGUGAGCUUGGUGUGCCCUUUGCGCAGUGUUUUUCUGAAGCUGACUUUGAGAUUGCCUCUCUUGCACAUCAGUGGCGAUGUCCAGUCCUGACCAACGACAGUGACUUUUACAUCUUUGAUUUGUGUGGUGGCUACCUUCCAAUGACAUUCUUUGAGUGGGACAAUGUUUGCAGUAAGGCAUCAGAGUGUUACAUCCCUGCUCGUCGAUUCACUGUUAACCGCUUUUGCUCGCACUUCAACCACAUGAACAAGCAGCUGCUGCCACUGUUUGCUGUCAUCACUGGUAAUGACUAUACACAUGCAAAAACCACAGACAUGUUCUUCAGCCGGGUGGAAUUACCAACAGUACCAAGACGGAGGGGAAGUCCGUCUAGCCCCCGGAUUGAAGGCUUUUUGCACUGGCUGUCAGCAUUUACCAACCCUUUGGCUGCAUUGGAGGAAGUGUUGGAGAUCAUGGGAGGCAGGCAGAAAAGCAGCCUCCGAAAGCAACUCACAGCAGGGAUUCAAGACUAUCAGCUUCCACCUACCAGCAGUCUGGCCCAGUUCUUCUCAAACAGUCAACUACAAACAUAUAAUGUCCUGAAGCUUCCAGCAGCAUUGACGUCGCAACCAGAGUGGCUCUUGAAGCGGAUCACAUCAGGCAGUCUGCCCCCUCUGGUGUUGAAUGUUUUGGUGCUCCGGAGAGCCCUUUUGAUAGUUCAGGUAGAGAAUAGUCGUCUGCCUAGUAGUCAUGAAGCCUCACUGAACAUUCGCAAGACAAUCUAUGGCUUACUCUUACUCAAGAACACUAUGCAGUGUAAUGCUGGUCGUGGACAGAGGGGUAGAGGAAGGGGGGGGCUGCCUGAACAGGCUCAGAGUUUGAGUGCCCCAUGUUUUGUGGAGGAGUAUGACAGGCUUGAGCUCAAUCUCAGGAGAACCACAGUGGAGGCUCAGCUACCCACACAUCACCCACAGCUGAGUCUGAACACUUUAAACCAGGUGGCCAUAUCUGUGAGACGCAAGGUGUUGUUCGGAACUCUGAGGGUGAUGGAGCAUGUGCUGCAGUUCGUAGAGCCACAUCUCCACCUUCCUGUGUGUGUGACACAUUUUUGGAUGCAUUCCUCCACACCAAAGCCCAGCCAAUCUCUGCUCCAGUGUGUGUUGCUAGGGCUAGUGUAUGGUGAACUCUGCAGACGUAAGGCCAUAUUUGGAGAUCAACUGCAUGCGUGUGCUUCUACUGCCACUGUCUGCCAGAACUUAGACCAACUGAGAAUGAACUCCGCUCAAAGGAGGGGUGUAGACUUGGGCGUGGCUCAUUCUCUUAGCCAGUGGCAGUCUUGUAUGUGGGCUGGGAUUUACCUGAACCAGCUGUUGUGUUUCCCACUCCCUGAGCCUCAGUCUGCCUGGCUGUUCAGUGGAACUUUGCUGCAUGGAUUAGAGGCUGUACUGAGAGGAGGUCAUCAGGCCGAGUCUUUGCUGGCUGGUGCCCCUGUUGCACUGCAGCUCUACUGCACCCUGCUUGGGGCCAUACAGGGUUUUGUUUUCCAGAACCAGGCUGCCCAGCACAUUGCCCCAUUUCAAGCAGCAGGAACCAGAGGGCAGGGUAGACGACAGCGUGGUACUGGUGGUAAAAGGAGGCACCACAGACGUCGAGGGGGAGCGUCUGCUGCUAGUGAUUUGAGUAACAGGUUUGGUAUGCUCACCUGUGAGGAUGAGUCAGAUGAGGACUGAAAAUCAGGAAGGAAGAAGUUAAACGGGCGGUGUAAUGAAAGUACAGUGAGGGGAAAUAAUUAUUCAGACACUUGUUUUUGUUGUUUAAUAUACCGCUGGUGUAAACAAACAUAUUAGAUAUGUUUUAUAUUGUAGAUAGAUACGUUUUUUAAAAACAUUGAUAUGGGGGGGAGUAUUCAGACACUAUAAAAUUACAAUUCUAGCAGUUGUUCAUUACACCGAAACCGUUACUUAACUUAUAGUGGGCUGUCAGUCAGGCUGCACGUUACCAUGGCAACACAUAACACUCUAUCCAGCUAUGGCUUCUUCAGAAGCUAUUUUCAUUGUUGGAGCAAAAAUAAACAAAAUAUUUGGCCGUGUUCUGUCUAAAAUGUGAGCGACUCGAGAUUAAAUUGCCAUUUAUAGAACCGAUGUAUAAAAGCAACAUCACACUUGUGCUGUUGUACACGAGUGACACUGAAUAUCAGCAGAGUUGUGAUUACCUGUGGGUACCUGUGGGCUUGUGCCUAUGGCCAAGUCACACUCGUGCUGAUAUUCACUACAGCACUCUUGAUCUUGAGAUCUUGCUUAAAUAUAUAUACACAUUGCUAUAGCCAAAAGUAUGUGGACACUUAAUCAUCACACCCAUAUAUGUGCCCACUGUAAAAGUAUGGGUAUUAACACAGAUUUAUUCCCCUUUACCGUUAUAAUAAGCGCCAAUCUUCUCUUCUGCAAAGGCUUUCCACUAGAUUUUGGGGCGUGGCUAUGGGGAUUCAGCAAUAAGAGCAUUAGUGAGAUCAGUUGGGAUGUUGAGGCUCCAGUUCAUCCCAAAGGUGUUCAGUGGGGUUGAGUUCAGUCAGGGCUCUGUGCAGGACACUCGAGUUCUUCAGUCCAACCUUUACACACUACGUCUUCAUGGAGCUCGCUUUGUGUACAGCACCAUCGUCAUGCUGCAACAGGUUUGGGCCUCUUGGUUCCAGUGAAGGCAAACUGUAAUGCUAGUGUAUAAUAUAAAGACAUUCUAUACAAUUGUGUGAUUGAAACUUUGUAGUAACAGUUUGGAGAAGAACCACAUAAUAUAGGAGUGUGAUGGUCAGGGGUGCGUGUACUUUUGGCUGUAGAAGGUAAUUCAAGAGGCCUUGCAUUGACUUGACCUUACUUUGAAAUUGUGACUUCAUCAGUGCAACUGUAACAUUUUCAGGAAUUGAAGAUGGACCAAAAUUGAACCACAACACUGUAAAAAGGUUAAUGUCUUAAAGCUGUAACCACAACAGCAGCUUUUAUACGUGUGAUCCUGAAGUGGAUAUAUGCACAGGAAGUAUAUUAAAAUGAUAAAAACAAACAUAUCUGAAUACUUACUUACCAAGCUGUGCCACCGCUAUUGCAUGAUGUGACAGCAGACAUGUAGUGGAUCAACAAUUUUUUUUUUUUUUUUUUUCAAUGAACAAACAUUGUGCAGGAGCUUUAAAUCCCUCAGGUUCCAGUUAGAUGAUUUAAAAAAAUGAAGUUCUGUCUGUAAACCUCCCCUUUAUCUAUCCAAGUGGAAAAUGACAGACGACUAGGAGAGAAGCAGAAGAAAAUAAGGGACAUAAAAGUGUCUGAAUGAAUUAAUUCCAGCAAUUCUAUUCAGACGUAUCGAUUAUAUAUCGGAGAAAAGGUCCAUAUUUUUAUUCAUUCUUAUCAUUUCAUUUGGCCGCUGUGCCUUUGCUUUGUUCUUACAGAGCCGGUGCUUGUGUGCUUUUUAAAAGGAAACUCGAAUAAAAGAACCACCACAGGAACUAAAGUAAUCUCAUCAUGAUGCUUUAUAAAGUGCAUGAAUAUUUUUAAAAGCUUUUUAAACUUUUUUUUUUUAACUCUACGGUUAUACCAACUCUUGAAUUUAGUCAGCUUGCGUAUAAUGAAAUAACUUGUUUGCUGAUCUUGUUAUCAAGUAAGAUCCAGGAGGAGGCACUAAUGACAUGGAUCAUAGCAUUGUUCAUGAUGCUGUUUACUCUUCAAAUGUUGUGCAGAUAUUGUGCUAAUCAUUCCUGUUGUAUAAGUGUCACUGAAAAAACGGAAGUUUGAGAAACCUGACCAACAAGACACCAUGGCCUGUUUGGUUUGUGUGUAGUUUCAGUGUAAUGAUGAUGUGGAUCACAGCAUGUUGUUUGUUUAAUAUGAAACCAGUGGGAAGUUUUUAGCUGCCAGUCUAUAUGUGAUGGCAGUUGAGACUGUUGUUUGUUUGUUUGUUUGUUUGUUUGUUUGUUUGUUUGUUUGUAACACAGUGCCUCUGUACUGUAUCCCAAAACUAUAAUGUCUGAAGUAUCUAUGAAUUGGCAGCUGUCUUUUAAUUCCAUGUGUGUUAGUAAUUUGCAAGAACAACAAAUUUAAAUAAUUGGCGUUUGAUAAAUGUUUCUU